CAGAGCUCUAAAUCAAAAAUAAAUAUUUCUAUUACCAUAUCAGCAACACCCAUUUUUCUUUGACAAUGGCUGUUGUUUCUUCACUUUCCCAUGCUAAGGCUCUCCGGUUCAUAGAGGAGAUUACUACAGAUGCUGACUCGGUUCAGCAGAGGGUGUUGGCUGAGAUUUUGAAUCAGAAUGCUGAUACGGAGUAUCUGAACCGGUUCCGGCUCAGUAGAACCGCCGGCCGAGAUGAGUUUAAGUCAAAAGUUCCAGUGGUUACUUACGAAGAUCUCCAGCCUGAUAUCCAACGUAUUGCCAAUGGCGAUCGCUCCCCUAUCUUUUCCUCUCGUCCCAUUUCUGAGUUUCUUACCAGUUCGGGGACAUCGGCUGGGGAGAGAAAACUAAUGCCGACAAUUAAAGAAGAAAUGGAACGUCGUCAGCUACUUUACAGCCUUCUAAUGCCCAUCAUGAACAAGUUUGUGCCAGGGUUGGACAAAGGGAAAGGACUUUACUUUUUGUUUGUGAAGGCAGAAACUAAGACCCCUGGAGGGCUACUGGCACGUCCGGUUCUCACUAGCUACUACAAGAGUGACAUCUUCAAGACUAGACCAUACGAUCCUUUCAAUGACUACACUAGCCCAAAUGACGCCAUUCUAUGCCCCAAUUCCUUUCAAAGCAUGUACACUCAAAUGUUAUGUGGCUUGUUGAUGCGUGGCCAAGUCCUCCGUGUCGGCGCCGUCUUUGCCUCCGGUCUCCUUCGCGCCAUUCACUUCCUCCAGCUCAACUGGAAACAGCUGGCACACGACGUCGCCACCGGAACCCUAAACCCUAAAAUCACGGACUCUUGUCUCCGUGAAUGCAUAACAUCCAAAUACCUAACAAACCCGAAUCCGGAGCUGGCGGAAUUCAUCUCCAAGGAAUGCUCCACGGAAGAAUGGGAAGGGAUUAUCACUAGAAUUUGGCCGAAUACUAAAUAUUUGGAUGUGAUUGUGACUGGAGCCAUGGCUCAGUAUAUUCCUACGCUCGAAUUUUAUAGCGGGGGUUUACCCAUGGCUUGCACUAUGUACGCUUCAUCCGAAUGUUAUUUUGGGGUAAAUUUAAACCCAAUGUGUAAACCCUCGGAAGUGACUUACACCAUCAUGCCAAACAUGGGCUACUUUGAAUUCCUCCCCCACGACAUGUCUUCUUCUCCGACUCGACUUGUCGACCUUGCUGAUGUGGAAGUCGGGAAAGAAUACGAGCUCGUGAUCACAACAUACUCUGGACUCUGCCGUUACCGAGUCGGUGACAUCCUACACGUAACUGGGUUCCACAACGCGGCCCCACAGUUCCGAUUCGUGAGGAGGAAGAACGUUCUUUUGAGCAUUGAUUCUGACAAGACGGAUGAAGCCGAGUUGCAAAAGGCCAUUGACAAUGCGGCGUUGUUGCUGAAGGGGUUUAACACUAGCGUGGUGGAGUACACGAGCUAUGCAGAUACCAAAACAAUUCCCGGACAUUAUGUUAUAUAUUGGGAGCUUCUUGUGAAAGACGAAGUUACAAAUUUCCCUUCAAGAGAGAUUUUAAACCUGUGUUGUCUGGCUAUUGAAGAGAGCUUGAACUCGGUGUACCGCCAAUGUCGAGUGGCCGAUAACUCAAUCGGACCGUUGGAGAUCAGGGUGGUGAAAAAUGGGACGUUUGAAGAGCUAAUGGACUAUGCGAUCUCAAGGGGGGCGUCGAUCAACCAGUAUAAGGCACCACGGUGCGUAAACUUCACGCCCAUUCUCGAACUUCUCGACUCUAGGGUAACCUCUGUGCACUUCAGCCCAUCCAAGCCACACUGGACACCGGAACGACGCCAUUAAACAUCGUCAGUCAAGUUGCCUAUCUUUGUGCGUCGGACGACUAAAAUAUUCGAUCAUAUUUAUCACAUGUCAAAUUCUUCUUGCACAUUUUUAAAAAUAUUUUAAUUUUUUUUAAUAUGUGAUGAUAAUGAAAUAAAUAAAGAUAAGUGCAUUUUAGAAUA